AUGAGUCAAAGUGAUGACGUAGAAAACGAUAUAAAUUGUCCUGAAUGUGGUCGCAUAAGACCCUCCGGCUGGUGUAAUCCUUGCGAAUUCCGGUGGAUGUACUCAACAUUCUCAAGAAGUGGAAAUAAAUAUAUCGACUUAUUAAUGUUGCAAACACAAAAAAAUGCAACACGUACUUGCGAUUAUUUGGAAUUCAUAGAAUUUAGCAAUAUCGAAGGAUUCGAAUAUGUCGCUAAAGGUGGAUUUGGUAGUGUAUAUGAAGGAUACUGGAUGGAGGGUCCCAGGUGGAUAUGGGACGAACUUGAAACAUAUCAUCGUUGUCUACAAAGUGGUUCGAUGGCAGACUGUUUUGGAAUAACAAAGGAUAAAACUGGAUGCUUCAUGUUCGUUAUGCGAUAUUAUGAAAACGGUAAUCUUUAUGAUUACCUCGAUAGUAACAAAGGAAUAAUUAGUUGGAGAGAUAUGGAACUUGGUUCUGAAAUGCCUGAAGAAUACUUUAAUUUAAUGAAUAAAUGUUGGGACCAAUUACCAGAAAAUAGACCAACAGCAUAUCAAUUAUUCGAAGAAUUGGGAAAUUGGAUUCAUGCAAUUUGUGAUGAUCCUAACCCUUCAGAAAUUUCAAAUAAUUUUGGCAUAGCUGAAGAGAAAAGAUGGAAAAAAAUUAAAAGGGAAAUCGAAAACAAAAAGUUGUCCAAAGAUUUAAUUCAUGAAGAUGCAAUAUAUAUUAGUCGAAUCUUUGACUUUUCUAAGUUACAAAAAUAA